AGUAUUCCUGAUGAUGUUAAACAACGAAUAGAAUUAUUACGUCAUGCUGGUGUAGAUGUUCCCACUAUACGUACAAUUUUAAAAAGAGUUUGUACAAAUUGGUUAACAUUCAUUAAAGAACUUUAUAAAUGUCUUAGAGAAAUGAAUAUUUCAAGUUUACUUUCUCAAUGGGAUUCACUUAAAACAUGUUAUCCAGCUGCAUCAACUUAUUUAUCACGAAUGGAAAAGAUAAAAGAAAAAUGGGCUGCAUGUUAUAAUCAUAAUGUUUUUAUGGCAGAUAUGACUACAACUCAACGUAAAGAAUCUAUGAAUAAUAUGAUGAAAGGCUAUUUAGAUGCAAGUACAUCACUUGUGACAUUUAUUACGGCAUUUCAAUCAGCUUUAAAUACACAAAAUGAAAAAACUGAAUUUUGUAUAUACUAA